AAAUUUUCCUACCCACCCCUCUCUCACUCUCUCAAAUAUCCUGCUACCGGCGUCGCUAUCCCUGCUGUUGCCGUCGCCGCCUCCACCGCCGUAUUCUUUGUCUCUCCCGUUGCGAUCAUUUUCCUCCCUCUUAUUUUUCUUCUUUCUUCGCUUCACUGAAUUCCCCUUCACUUCUCUGUUUCCGGUGCCUCUUCUUGCUUUUUCCUCGCUCUGCGGCCUUCACUAAACUCCCCGACAGCCUCGCUUCCGUCACUCCUCAUUGCUCGGCCUAUAACACAAGGUUUUGAUCUUAAAUGGAGUCUGGAAAACAAAAUGAGUAUGCUGCUUUCGAGGAGAAGGUGAGGAGGACGGUUUACUUGGACAACCUAUCACCGAAUGUAACCGAGUCAGUCGUGAGAACCGCUCUUGAUCAGUAUGGAACUGUCAAGAGUGUUGAAUUCAUUCCAAACUAUCUGGAGCCACGGAACAUGCCGCAAUGCGCUUUAGUGGAGAUGGAGAAAGAAAAGCAAGCUAAAGUUGUCAUCUCUACAUUGUCAGAAUUUCCCUUCAUGAUGUCUGGAAUGCCAAGGCCUGUAAGGGCACGUGCUGCUGUGGCAGAGAUGUUUGGUGAUCGCCCGAGAAAGCCCGGCCGACAGAUACGUAUCCGUUGGUUGGACACUGCCGACCCCGAUUUCGAGGUAGCAAGCAAGCUUAAGCAGCUGGUGAAAAGGCAUGCUACUGAAACUGCGGUGAUGCUCAAGCAUCAACUGGAAAAGGAGGAGAAGCUUGCAAAGCAGCAAGGAGAAACUCUGAAAGCAAACUACAAGAAGUAUGAGAUGAUAGAUAGUUUGAUGGCUGAUGGAGCUGCUCGACGUUUGGCACGGUGCUAUAAUUUGAGGGUUUCAGAUGACUCAGGCCCUUCUACCUUUCACUGACACGCAACAACUCUAUGUACUAACGUAAGUAGCGAGGAUCUUUACUUGGCAUGUAUUAGAACACUUCAGAAUCUGUGGAUAGCUUCUCUUCUCUUCUAAUUUAGGUGCACUUAGAUUUUGUUCAUGUUAUCUGAUUGCCAAGUUCUUGAGAACUUCCAUGCUAGAGAAGCAGAAAAUCACAAAAUAUUAUAGUCAAAAUAUGCCCUAUUCUAGGUAAUAUCAUCAUCAUCAUCGUCAAACCAAAGCCAUGGGUUUUAUCAUCAUCAUCGUCGUCAAACCAAAGCCAUGGGUUUUAGUUUGUUAAAAUUUGUGAGACAUGAAAACAUAGAUGGUUAUCGUUUCUUAUUAGUGACACCGAGAAUCUGGACUGUAUAUACUCUCUUUCAUACUUCCAGGAAGGUAAGCAGUGUAAAUCUCACAAGUUCAUCUUUCCCCCACUUUACCUGUAUCCUUAAAGCCUCAAAUAACCUUUCUUUCAGAUUGACAAAUUUAUUAGGGAAAACUGAUGGUUAGUGCUAAUCAUUCUCGUUGGUUUAUGUAAAAACAAUGUUUGGCCUUA